GAACAACUAGACGAUCUGGCUUUGCAAUGGAGUAGACGAGCCAAAUUAUCCAAUCUUCGACCACCGUGUACAUGCCCCCGAGGUGAAGCUUUGCUUCGAGCAGAGGUGGACCGUUGGGUAAAUCGAAAUGGCUGCUGUACUCCUUCUAUGACUCGGGCUUCCACUCCACGCAGUACAUGCACUCAUUUCCAGUCACGUGACCCGGUUGACUGGUCCACUAUGCGUCGUAUUGUGUACCGUUUAAAUGAAUGUCAAACAAUUUCCAGUGCAGUUAGGAAAAGAGAAAACGCGCGACGUAAAAGACGCAACCCGACAGACUUUGUGAGUACGAGUGGAAAAAUAUCGCGUUCAGCUUGUGAAUCACAAAUCUAUCCGUACACACAAUCUCCCCGUACGAGACCCAGUCUGUUUGAUGUGUCUGGCCAAUUCAAAACACUAGUUUACUUGAAUCAAUUUCAACGUGGUUCCCGAAUCGAGCAAAACUUGAACCGAUUGUCUCGUCCAACUACAGCCAGUGGUUUCAAACAGCGUGGUCGAUGUCUUAUUUGUGAUCGGUCACCGGGACAGAGAACCAUAUUCGGUGUUGUACUCACGAGGUGUAGUACACAUCUGUCAGGAAAAUAUCGUCCACGGGAUAGAACAGAAGAAAUGCACUUGGUUCAACGUGUAAGCCGUCCGACUUAUGCUCAAUCAGCUGAUCGUCAGCCUUGUAGACGUGCUCGGGAAUGGACAGAAGCUCCAACCGGUCCAUUGCCCGAAGGCGGCAGAUUUUAUUUGAGUGGUGAGGCCAUUGUUCAACGGAUUGCUCAGUCCGCCAAAACACUUCCAUUAGUCAGUGGACUGCCUCGAAGUUCAAGUGUGAAUUCUAUCACAGUGCGUUUAUAUUCGGGGAAAUCUGGCCGGAAUGCAUGCGACAGUUCUAAAAAUCACUCAAGAUGA